UAAAGGUUCGUCCUGCUUUAUCAGAACAGGAAGGAGUCCAGCGGCCUAUCAGCUGCUGGGAACACCUUGUCUCCCGUGCCUGCACUGCUGCCGUCAUGCCGAUACACAAUCUUCACCCACAUUUCCCAUAUCACUUGUAGGGCAUUAUGCAUUUCUGACAGUGAGGAAGACAGUGGUGAUGGUGGUGAUGUGAGGAAGGCCCAGUCUAGAGGAGGAGCCUGUUGAUGCACAGCCUUCCCAUUGGUUGGCUCUGAGAGAAAAGGUGUUGCUAUGAUAAAUCGGUCAGUUUGUAUAAAUGUCAAUGUACAGCUUCACUCUCCGCAUCUUCCAGAGGAGCCCAAUCCUUCUCAGCAGACGACUCCAAGCUGCUUAACAUCUGCAUCAUGGCCGAGUGGACUGAAUGCAUGAACUUUGGCAUCGCCAUCGCUAAACAAGUUAGUCAGAUGGUGCUUGAUGGCUUUAAGCAGCAGAAGGAUGUGAUGCUGAAGAGUUCUCCAGCAGACUUGGUGACGGAAACAGACCAGAAAGUGGAGAAGAUCCUCAUUUCUGCUAUCAGAGACAAAUACCCCCAACACAAGUUCAUCGGGGAGGAGUCUGUUGCUGCCGGCGAACGUCUACUACUGACCAGCAAGCCCACCUGGAUCAUUGACCCCAUAGAUGGAACCGUCAACUUUGUCCACAGAUUCCCCUUCGUGGCCAUCUCCAUCGCUUUUGCUGUUAACAAACAGACGGAGUUUGGCAUCGUGUACAGCUGUGUGGAAGAUAAACUCUACUGUGCACAAAAAGGGAAAGGUGCCUUCCUGAAUGGUGUGCCGAUCCAGGCCUCUGGACAGGAAGACAUUCACCAGUGUCUGGUGGUGACUGAGAUUGGGGCGGAGCGAGAUGACCUGUCUCUUUCCACCAUGACCUCCAACAUCUUCAGGCUACUGAAGGUUCCUGUCCACGGUGUCCGGGCCGUGGGGACUGCAGCAGUGGACAUGUGUCUGGUGGCCACCGGUGCAGCAGAUGCUUACUACCACAUUGGGAUGCACUGCUGGGAUAUCGCUGCCUCCGCCAUCAUCGUGCAGGAGGCUGGAGGCGUUGUCGUCGAUACUGAUGGGUCACAGUUCGACAUGAUGUCCAGAAAGGUCAUCGCGGCGAGCUCCUCGGCCGUAGCCAAUAGAAUUGCACGGGUGGUCCAGGCCUUCCCUUGUCACCGUGAUGACGAGGACCCAAAGUCCACAUCUGGAGCUGGUGCUGAGAGAGGCCAUGAAGAGUUUUAAGUCAAGUGGCAGUGUGUGCUGCUCAUUUAACAGCAGGAACAGUCUGAACAGAGCGCAGCAGAUGUGCAGCAGGUGUUCAGCAGAUAUGCAGCAGAUGUGCAGCAGAUGUUCAGCAGGUGUGCAGCAGAUGUUAAGCAGGUGUGCAGCAGAUGUUCGAUGUAAAGUCUGAGUCAAGUGGAAACACCAGUUGUGUUAAAUCAUUUCCCUGUUUGUUUUCUGUACUCUGAAAUUAAACUGGCAUUAUU